GCCAUAACCGCCAUUUCAAGACUGAGUGAGAGGCUGAUGGCCAACCAGAGUUCUUAAGAAGCUUUCUUGUCAGGGCGGCAGUAGGAGUAAACUACCCUCUUCUUGCUCUCCCUCAAGAAGCUCCAGAUGGCGUCUUCCGUGGGCAACGUGGCCGACAGCACAGUACCAACGAAACGUAUGCUUUACUUCCAAGGGUUAGCUGAGUUGGCACAUCGAGAAUAUCAGGCAGGAGAUUUUGAGGCAGCUGAGAGACACUGUAUGCAGCUCUGGAGACUAGAGCCAGACAAUACUGGUGUGCUUUUAUUACUUUCAUCUAUGCACUUCCAGUGUCAAAGGCUGGACAGAUCUGUUCACUUUAGCACCCUGGCAAUUAAACAGAAUCCCCUUCUGGCUGAAGCCUAUUUGAAUUUGGGGAAUGUAUACAAGGAAAGAGGGCAGUUGCAGGAAGCAGUUGAACAUUAUCGACAUGCAUUACGUCUCAAACCUGAUUUCAUUGAUGGUUAUAUGAACCUGGCAGCCGCAUUGAGGGCAGCAGGUGACAUGGAAGGAGCAGUACAAGCUUGUGUCUCUGCUCUUCAGUACAAUCCUGAUUUGUACUGUGUUUGCAGUGACCUGGGGAACCUGCUCAAAGCCGUGGGUCGCUUGGAAGAAGCCAAGGCAUGUUAUUUGAAAGCAAUUGAGGUACAACCAAACUUCGCAGUAGCUUGGAAUAAUCUCGGCUGUGUUUUCAAUGCACAAGGGGAGAUUUGGCUUGCAAUUCAUCACUUUGAAAAGGCUGUCACCCUUGACCCAAAUUUUUUGGAUGCUUAUAUCAAUUUAGGAAAUGUCUUGAAAGAGGCACGCAUUUUUGACAGAGCUGUGGCAGCUUACCUUCGUGUCCUAAGCUUGAGUCCAAAUCAUGCAUUGGUGCAGUGUAACCUGGCUUGUGUAUUCUAUGAGCAAGGCCUGAUAGAGCUGGCAAUAGACACCUACAGGCGAGCUAUUGAACUGCAACCACAUUUCCCUGAUGCUUACUGCAACCUAGCCAAUGCUCUCAAAGAGAAAGGCAGUGUUGCUGAAGCAGAAGAUUGUUACAAUACAGCUCUCCAACUGUGUCCCACCCAUGCUGACUCUCUCAAUAAUCUAGCCAAUCUCAAACGAGAACAGGGAAAUAUCGAAGAGGCAGUUCGUUUGUACCGUAAAGCAUUAGAAGGCUUCCCAGACUUUGCUGCUGCACAUUCCAAUUUAGCAAGUGUACUACAACAGCAGGGCAAACUGCAGGAAACUUUGAUGCAUUAUAAGGAAGCUAUUCGAAUCAGUCCUACCUUUGCUGAUGCCUAUUCUAACAUGGGAAACAUUCUAAAGGAGAUGCAGGAUGUUCAGGGAGCCUUGCAGUGUUAUACUCGUGCCAUUCAGAUUAAUCCGACAUUUGCAGAUGCCCACAGCAAUCUGGCCUCCAUUCACAUGGAUUCAGGGAAUAUUCCAGAAGCAAUAGCUUCUUACCGCACAGCUCUGAAACUUAAGCCUGAUUUUCCUGAUGCUUAUUGUAACUUGGCUCAUUGCCUACAGAUUGUCUGUGAUUGGACAGACUAUGAUGAGCGAAUGAAGAAGUUGGUCAGUAUUGUGGCUGACCAGUUAGACAAGAAUAGAUUACCCUCGGUGCAUCCUCAUCAUAGUAUGCUAUAUCCUCUUUCUCAUGGCUUCAGGAAGGCUAUUGCUGAGCGGCAUGGGAACCUUUGUUUGGAUAAAAUUAAUGUCCUUCAUAAACCACCAUAUGAACAUCCAAAAGACUUGAAGCUCAGUGAUGGUCGACUACGUGUAGGAUAUGUGAGUUCUGACUUUGGGAAUCAUCCUACUUCUCACCUUAUGCAGUCUAUUCCAGGCAUGCACAAUUCUGAUAAAUUUGAGGUAUUCUGUUAUGCCCUGAGUCCAGAUGAUGGUACAAAUUUCCGAGUGAAAGUGAUGGCAGAAGCCAAUCAUUUCAUUGAUCUUUCUCAAAUUCCAUGUAAUGGAAAAGCAGCUGACUGCAUCCAUCAGGAUGGAAUUCAUAUCCUUGUGAAUAUGAAUGGUUAUACGAAAGGUGCUCGAAAUGAGCUCUUCGCUCUCAGGCCAGCUCCUAUUCAGGCAAUGUGGCUGGGAUACCCUGGGACUAGCGGUGUGCUUUUUAUGGAUUAUAUCAUCACUGAUCAGGAAGCUUCACCAGCUGAAGUUGCUGAGCAGUAUUCUGAGAAACUGGCUUAUAUGCCCUACACUUUCUUUAUUGGUGAUCAUGCUAAUAUGUUCCCUCACUUGAAGAAAAAAGCAGUCAUUGAUUUUAAGUCCAAUGGCCACAUUUAUGACAAUUGGAUAGUUCUGAAUGGCAUCGAUCUCAAAGCAUUUCUUGAUAGUCUACCAGAUGUGAAAAUUGUUAAGAUGAAAUGUCCUGAUGAAGGAGACAAAGCAGAUAGCAGUAACACAGCUCUUAAUAUGCCUGUCAUUCCCAUGAAUACUAUUGCAGAAGCAGUUAUUGAAAUGAUUAACAGAGGACAGAUUCAGAUAACAAUUAAUGGAUUCAGUAUUAGUAAUGGACUGGCCACUACACAGAUCAACAACAAGGCUGCCACUGGAGAGGAGGUUCCUCAUACCAUUAUUGUAACCACCCGUUCUCAGUAUGGUUUACCAGAUGAUGCCAUUGUGUACUGUAACUUUAAUCAAUUGUAUAAAAUUGACCCAUCGACUUUGCAGAUGUGGGCAAAUAUUCUGAAACGUGUUCCCAAUAGUGUGCUCUGGCUGUUGCGUUUUCCAGCUGUGGGAGAGCCCAAUAUUCAACAGUAUGCACAAAACAUGGGCCUGCCUCAGAACCGUAUCAUUUUUUCCCCUGUUGCUCCUAAAGAGGAGCAUGUCAGGAGAGGCCAGCUGGCUGAUGUCUGCCUGGACACUCUGCUCUGUAAUGGGCACACUACAGGGAUGGAUGUCCUCUGGGCAGGGACACCGAUGGUGACUAUGCCAGGAGAGACCCUUGCUUCUCGAGUUGCAACUUCUCAGCUCACUUGCUUAGGUUGUCUUGAGCUUAUUGCAAAAAAUAGACAAGAAUAUGAAGACAUAGCUGUGAAACUGGGAACUGAUUUAGAAUACCUAAAGAAAAUACGUGGCAAAGUCUGGAAGCAGAGAAUAUCUAGCCCUCUGUUCAACACCAAACAAUACACAAUGGAACUAGAGCGGCUCUAUCUGCAGAUGUGGGAGCAUUAUGCAGCUGGCAACAAACCUGACCACAUGAUUAAGCCUGUUGAAGUCACUCAGUCAGCCUAAUAAAGACUCUAUAUAGGAGAAUUACCCCUAUACCUGAGCCUCAAUCUUCUGGGGGAAAGGGAACUAGAUAACAUACUUUUUACUUAUCUGUACAGUACCAUGUUGCAGAUGGGUGAUAUAUAAUGAUAAUAGAAUAGCACAGCCAGACUUGCUUCCUGCACAGUAGGGAGAAACACAAGAGAUGGGAAAAUGCUGUUCCACAAGGAAUCUCCAGAUUCUGCAUCAACCAGGGCUGGAAGGUCUGAUCUCCCUUGGUCUUCCGUGGGAUGGUUAUUGUGGAGGGGAGAUACAGAUUGUCCAGCCUUUUUGUGAUUCCAUGGAUUGAGUCUUCUGAAUUAGUCUUUUUUUUUUUUUCCUUUAUAUUUUUGGGUUUGGAGCUUUUAAAAAUAUUUGGUUUCAGGUAUUUUUAUCAUGUGAAAUGUUUUUGAUUCUCUUGAGAUAAGGUUUUAAGCUAAAAUGUUGCUCCCUUUUUUAGUUUCUAAACUGACAGAUUAAGGAGGACUUUGCUGGUGUAGUCUUUUUAUAGGUUUUAUAAACCACUUGAGCCUAUAUCAGUCAUUUUAGUGUCUGACCUGAUAUUUGGAGCUAUCUAUGCUUUGUUGGUUUAAAUGAUGACUCAAGAUUUUUCCUGGUCUUAUUUCCUAUUACCUUCUCUCCUCAACCUCACUCCCUUUAAAAAUUCUCCUGUAACUAAGCUAACAAAAUCAUGUCUGAUUCAAAACAUCCCAGAGUGUUUCUCUUAAACACAUCACCUGGUGCCAAAUGAAAAUUCUUAGGAGUAAUUUACUAAUUAUGAAGGGCACAGUUGUGGUACUGUCAUUGAUGAAUAUAUGAAUAUUGUUUUUUUGUUUUGUUUUUUGGUUUUUUUGCUUAAUUUUGACCUAUUUCACCAGUGUUUUAUCCUUGACUGCCUCUUCUCUGCUGCUUCCACAAAUGAUAGUGUGUGAUAAGAUUUUUACCUUCCUUUCUAAAGUUUGUUUUUUUUU